AUGGCCGCCGCCGGAGCCCGGCCGACGCCGUACCAGGCACGGCCUGAGCUGUACGGCGCCUUUUCCGCCGUCGACGACGCCAAGGGCAAGGCCAACAAGCUCGGCAACGAGGCCGCCAGGGAGUUUGAAAAGGCGAGCGCCGCCGCCCAGGCCAAGACGGGCAAGAUGGAGCUCUACUCGGGCAAGUUCUACGCCGCCUGCACCGUGGGCGGCCUCAUGGCUUGCGGUCUCACGCACACGGCCGUGACGCCGCUCGACCUGGUCAAGACGCGCCGGCAGGUCGACCCGAAGCUGUACACGAGCAACUUCCAGGCGUGGGGCCGCAUCUACCGCGCCGAGGGCCUCCGCGGCAUCUUCACGGGCUGGAGCCCGACGCUCUUCGGCUACAGCGCGCAGGGGGCCUUCAAGUACGGCUGGUACGAGUACUUCAAGAAGACGUACUCGGACAUGGCCGGGCCCGAGGCGGCGGCCAAGUACAAGACGGGCCUGUACCUGGCGGCGUCGGCGUCGGCCGAGUUCCUGGCCGACGUGGCGCUGUGCCCGUUCGAGGCCGUCAAGGUGCGGAUGCAGGGCAGCAUGCCCAACCCGUACGCCGGCACCGUGGCCGGCAUCCGGGCCGUCACGGCCAAGGAGGGCUGGGCCGGCCUAUACAAGGGCAUCUACCCGCUGUGGGGCCGGCAGAUCCCCUACACCAUGAUGAAGUUUGCCUCGUUCGAGACCAUUGUCGAGAUGAUGUACCGGCGCCUGCCGGGGGAGAAGAAGGACUACGGCAAGGCGGCGCAGACGGGCGUCUCGUUUACGGGCGGCUACCUGGCGGGCAUCCUGUGCGCCAUUGUGUCGCACCCGGCCGACGUCAUGGUCAGCAAGCUCAAUGCGAGCCGCGAGCCUGGCGAGGCGUUUGGCGGUGCCAUGGGGCGCAUCUACCGCGACAUUGGCUUCGCGGGGCUGUGGAACGGCCUGCCGGUGCGCAUUGUCAUGAUUGGCACCCUGACGGGGUUGCAGUGGAUGAUUUAUGACUACUUCAAAAUCUUCAUGGGCCUGCCGACGACCGGAGGUCCGCCUCCUCCGACCGAGAAGAAGUGA